CUUUCCUCGCCGAUCGCUCUCUUUUCCUCAUCUCCGAUCUCAAUCAAAAAACGCGUCUCUGAUCUCUCUUACACAAUUCUAAAGAACCAUCAAAGUCUCUGUUCUUACCGUGCUCAAAUUCGCAAUCCUUCACCAACUUUUUUUCACGGUAUCGCUUCUUCUCUUUCGAUUCGGUUGGAUUUGAUCGAUACCCAUCUCGUGAUUCAAUCUGAUCAGUUCUGGGUUUCCGUCAAAAUGUUGAAUUUCCCUGGAAAAUUACAUCAACUCUAGAAGAUUGGAUCAUGAUCUCUCUGUUCUUGCAGUUAUUAGAAAGCUUCUUCUUUUGCAUGAUGGGUUUAAAUAGAAAGUUGAGGAGCUAAAAUAGAUACAAGGAUCAAUGAAUCAUUGAGGAACAAUGAGUAGUUUCACAAAGAGCACAUCAUUCAAUAGAAGAGCAUUGAGUUCUUUAGCUGUAGAAAGCCCUAGGAGCACCUCUUCAACCGCCUUCAAUAGUCCCAUUGGCUCAGCUUUUGCAAGCCCGAGAACAUUCGGAGGGAGUCCACGCCCUUAUACAAACCGUUUAAAAGAGAUCUCAUACUUGUUUCAAGUCCUCAUCGUCGCAGGAACGCUUGUCUCGUUUCUUGUCAUCAUCGCUGGUGGUUAUCUCUACGUUGUUCCUAGCCUCGGUUACAAUGGUGCAUUGCAAUUUAACAACAGUUCUGUUACAACGGAUGUUAAAGAAUGUGACAUAUUUGAUGGGAGUUGGGUGGUUGAUGAUAAGUACCCUUUGUAUAACGCGUCUGAAUGUCCGUUUGUAGAGAAAGGGUUUAACUGUUUAGGCAACGGGCGUGAGCACGAUGAGUAUUUGAAGUGGAGGUGGAAGCCUAAGGAUUGUGAUGUCCCGAGGUUUCAUGUGGGUGAUGUGUUGGAGAGGUUGAGAGGUAAAAGGGUAGUUUUUGUGGGAGAUUCGAUGAGUAGAACGCAGUGGGAGUCUUUGAUAUGUAUGUUGAUGACGGGUUUGGAUGAUAAGAGGAGUGUUUAUGAAGUCAAUGGGAACAAUAUAACGAAAAGGAUACGGUUCUUGGGUGUGAAGUUUAGCUCUUUUAACUUUACAGUUGAGUUCUACAGAUCGGUUUUCUUGGUUCAGCCUGGGAAGUUGUUGCGUUGGCACGCGCCGAAACGUGUUAAGUCUACGUUGAAGUUGGAUGUUUUGGAUGUGAUUAACCAUGAGUGGAGCUCUGCUGAUUACCUUGUCUUCAAUACUGGUCAAUGGUGGGUGCCUGGGAAGCUUUUCGAAACUGGUUGUUACUUUCAGGUUGGGAACUCAUUGAGGCUGGGAUUGUCGAUUCCUGCAGCUUAUAGAGUAGCGUUAGAGACAUGGGCAUCAUGGAUAGAGAAUAAGAUUGAUCCAAACAAAACUCGUGUCUUGUUUCGUACAUUUGAGCCAUCUCACUGGAGUGACCAUAGAUCAUGCAAUGUGACAAAGUAUCCAACCCCGGAUACUCAAGGAAGAGAUAAAAGCAUAUUUACUGAAAUGAUCAAAGAAGUAGUCAAGAACAUGACGGUUCCGGUAUCUGUUUUGGAUGUAACUUCAAUGUCGGCGUUUAGAAGUGAUGGUCAUGUGGGUUUAUGGAGUGAUAACCCGUUGGUGCCUGAUUGUAGUCAUUGGUGUCUACCUGGAGUUCCUGAUAUCUGGAAUGAAAUCUUGCUUUUCUUCCUCUUUAGACAACAAGUUCAGUGAUAUGGAUUAACUGCAGGUUUUUGCAACAUAACACGAUAGAUAAAAAAAAUGAUUAACGACCCUUGAAGAUCAUAUCUCGUGGAGCUAGCUGCUCCUUUUUCUUCUGGGACAUAAAGGCAUUGAGGGUCACAAAGUGACUCUUAAAUUCAUUCUUUAAUUGUUUCUUCUACGUUCUUCUUUAUUGUAGUAUCGAUUCAAAGAGAGUGAGAUGAUCUUGUGGUAUAAAAUGAUUUCACUACUAUCUGUGACUGGAUAAAAGCAAUUUUCUUGCUGAUCAAAGAGAACUUUUCA